GUUAACCAAAAAAAAUAAUAUUAUAGAACUAUACUAAAAUAUUCUUGAUUCAUAAAUAUGUGUAAGAUAUAACUGAAAAUUAACCAAUCAAAUACGAGUUUAUUUACCUGACAAGGUCUAACAAUUUUGAUUGGUUAAUUUAAUGUGCUAAUAAUAAUGAAUGAUUAUUUUACUUUAAAAUAUUUUUAAUAAGCCUACGCAAAAGUUCAACCAAAAAAAAUCUUUUUUAUUGAAAGGUGAUUUGUUUAUUAUAGAAUAAUAAAUUAUUAUUAUUUUUUUAAAAAAAAUUUAUUUUAUUUACUACUGGAAAGAGAUAAUGAUGACACAUUCUAUCAUUUGAAAUUCUUUAAUUAUUAGUGUUAUUGUCAUCAUUAUACUUAUAAUUAUAUCAAGCAAAAGGGUUAAUGUAUUGAAAUUCUAUUACCAUUAUUGUUUAUAAAAGAAAAAGAAAAAAAAGAAAAGAAUCACGCUACUUUUGUUUACUAGUUAAUCAAUAAAUAUGAAUGAUAAUGAACCAACUAUGUUAUUAAAUGAAACAUCAUUUUUAAUUGGAAAAAAUUCUUUUAAAACUGAACGACCCAAUGAAGAUGAUUAUGAUAAUGAAAUGAAUCUUAUAGGUCAUAAUAUUUGUCAAAAUGGUAAUCAUAAUAUCAAUAAUCAUAUUAAUAAGAAUGAUAAUUAUGAAGAUGAUAAUGAUGACGAUGAUAUAGAUGAUGAUUAUACAGAAUUACAUCAUGAUUUAAGUACAGUACAUGAAUUAGAUUCACAUAGUAUAGAAUCUGAACAAACAAUGAAUACAACAAGAGUAAUAACAAAAAAAACUACAACAACACCAAAUGGUAUAAUACAUAUAUAUCAUACAGAUAAUUCACAUAACAAUAAUUCUAAUAAUACAACAAAACAUCAAAAACAUUUAAAUAAUUAUGAUGAUAAUGAUGAAGUAAUUGAUGAUAUGGAUGAUGAUAUUAAUUGUGAAGAUCAAUCAAUUAAUGAACUUGAUAUAACGGAUGAAUCAAUAUAUUAUGAACCUUAUUCUAGAUCACAAAUUAAUAUAACAUUAGGAAAAGGUAAUCAACUCAAUGAUACAUUAAAUAAAAGACCUAGUAAAAGUCAUGGAUCAUUGAACAAUACAAAUUGGAAAGUGGUAAAGCCGAAUAAAUCAAAAGAAUAUGUACUAGCUGUCUCACAACGUCCUCCAUUACCAAGAAAUAUACAAACGUAUAAUCAUGGUUACUAUCCAAGUAGACGUGAACAUUCACAUACAAACGAAUUCCAUAGUAAUAUCAAUGGUGGCCAUGAAGGAAUGGGGGGUGGUAACAAUGGUCCGUUUGAUUAUUGGACUAUUCCAAGAAAUUCUCAACCACAUUACAAGAUACGAAGUUCAGAGAAUAAAGAAUUUUAUAUGCCUGGGAAUUUAUUUCUUAAUGAAAAAUCUCUACCACGUUCAAGACGUAAAGGUCAUAGGAAUGUUAGAGAAAAAAGUGAAGCUAUACUCAAUGGGUCAAGUAACACUGGAAAGCAUAGUAAUCGUCGAAAGUCUUCAAAACCUUCCGACAAAGUGGAUAGUACCAGUUUAACACAACAAAAAAGUGACUUACCAAAUGUAAAUGAUGCAGAGAAACGUCGAAGUGAAUUAAAAGUCUAUUUUCGAUUUUCUCGUGGAACUCUAAGUGAUCCUUUCACAUUUGAUUAUUUAAAAAAUAAAGAAUUAUUGAUACAACUUCAAGCACGUUGUCGUGGAUGGAUUACAAGAAGUAAAUCAUCUGAUCAAAGAACUGAAGAAAAAGCAGUGAGAUGUAUUCAGAAGAAUGCAAGUAUUAUGCUUGAUCCUUGGUUUCGUCUAAUGUUGGCCUUAAAACCAUUAAUUCGUACACAUCGUACAGAAGAAGAAUUGUUAUUCCUUAGGAGUGAAUUAGAAAGAUACAAGGCACUAGUUCGCAUGUUACGCUUUGAAAAUGCGGAAUAUCAAGCAAGAGUAGCGAAUUUAGUACAAUUGUUGGAACAAAUGAGUACAAAUGUGUCAAACGCAUCUACAGUGCAAAGUUUAGUACAACAGAUAUCAGAAGCGUUGAGUAAAAACCAAGAGUUUUGGCAGACGUUGGCUGCUGAUAACAAGGCUUUAAAUGCAUUAGCUCCUCAGAAGCCUAGUAAUUUGUUUGAAGUUGAGCAGGUUCCACUAAAUCCCGCAUCUCCAAUGACUAAACUGAAAAAUGAUGCGGAAUUUUAUCGCGAUCAAGUGGAACUAUUACGUGAGGAGGCAGACGAACAGCAAUUACGUUCUGCUGAACAUUAUAAAAAUCAAGUUCGUGUUCUUGGUGAACGAGUAGAGCAAUUACAACAUAUUUUAGCUCUAGAAUCUAGUAAAGUUGAACGAUUGAGCUCAGAACUAGAAGAGAAGAAUUCUACGGAAGCUGAAGGUAAAGCAUAUGUACGUAACCUUGAAAUUAUGGUGAAUCAAUUAAGUAAACAAUUAGAACAAAGAAGUAAAUUAUUAGCGAAUGGAGUUGGCAAUGAUGAAAAUGAAGAAGGCCAAAAUGAUGAAAAAGGCGUGAAAACAAAAGAGUUAAUCACUGAACUACAAAAUGAACUGGCUACACAUCGUGAUUUAGUUGUUAAACUUAGGGAAUAUUUAUCAUCACAUUCCGAUGUAUCUUCACAACUUGAUAGUAAUACCCAAGGUGCAUUAGAUUUAUUAAACUCACCAAUUCUAAUUGGUAAAACAAAUUUAAAUCAACAACAAGCACAACAUUUCUUUGGAUCAUCUAGAACACAAUCUAGAGAGGAAGUGAAUGAUUUAACUCCAAGAAUUAAUACAUCAUAUCAAUUAGCUGAAAUGAAAAAACAACUGGUACUUAUGCAUAAACAGUUGACUGAAUCAGAAGAUAUCGUUAAACAAGAAACGGAAAAUCGGGAAGAAUUAGAAGCUGAAAACUUUAGUUUAUAUGAUAAAAUAUCUAUAUUAGAUAGGCAAUUGCGUCAUAUACAAGAUGAAUACGAUGAACUUGUAAAGAAAGAAAUGAUUAAUCAACGUACAUUAAAAGAUGUUCAAGAACUUCUAGAUGAUGAAUCAAGAAAGCGUACAAAACUUGAACAACAAAAUAAAGAAUUGGAACAACAAUUAGCUGAAUUACGUGAAUACAAUGAACCAGAAGAUGAUUUAGUAACCAGAGAAUGGGAAUCAAUCAAAUCAAAAUUACGGGCUGAUGCUAUGUUUUAUAAGAGGAGUUUAGAUCAACUACAGGAAGAAUAUGACCAAUAUCGUAUUGACAAUGAUCGUUUAUCCAUGCAAAGACAACUGACAGAAAAAGAAGAAAAAGUGAAUUUAUUAGAAAAAGAAAAACAACAAUGGCGUAUGGAAUUGGAUAUACAAAAUGUAAAGCUACAAAAUGCUACUUCAUUAUUAGAGGAUACCGAACUGCGUCUAAAAAUGCUGAACAGAGAACGUACAGCUCAAAUGCAUCGUAUGUCACAACUUGAAACAGAAAGAGAUGAAUUGAUUAGACAAACAGCUACAAUAACAGGUCGAGCUGCAGCUGAUAGAGAAAUGGCUAUGGCCAAAUUACGCGAAAUGGAUGAAUUACGCUCAGAAAGAGAUAUUUUGAGAAAAGAAUUGACAGAAGUAAAACAAACACUUGCUGGAAGUACAGCUGAAAAUGCAGCUGAACGACGUCAAUUACAAGCACGUUUACGUGAAACAGAAGCUCACAACGAAGCACGUAUUUCAGAUAUUAAAGCUGAAUUGGAAAGAGUCCGUGAGGAACUAGAACAAUUACAGGUUGAAUUGCAAACGACACAAGCAUCAGAAAUGGAACUACGAAGUGUAAAUCAACAUCAAAAAUGGAAAAUUCAUGAAUUAGAGGAUCAAGUUAUUCAUUACACUAGUCGUAUUUCUGGUUUAGAACGUCGCAGUAUCGAUUUAGAUGCUGAAUUAGUGCGUGCAAAAGCCGAUCUAAGUGCUUCACGUGAAACAGCUUCAUUAAGACGUGCAGCAAAAACUCGUAUGGCAGAUGAAUGGUUAAAUAUAUUAGAUAUUCCAAACGAAACUGAAGACUAUGAUGAUGAUGACAAUGGUUAUCAAAGAGAAGUUAUUUUGUUCCAAAGAAAAAGUAAACAAAAUAUUAAUAACACAAGUAAUGAUUUAGUAAAACAAAGAUUAAGAAUUGGUCAAUCAGAAAAUGAUUUAUUAAAAAAUGAUUCUAAAGAAUAUAAACCAAGUACUCCAAUUUUAAAAGAUUCUAGAUAUCGAUCAGAAAGUGUUCUAUCAAAUAUUGGUGGAAUACAUCGAAAAUCUACAAUUCGUUCAGAUAAUAAUCAUAUAAACAUAAAUGGUACAAGAAGUAAAUCUUCAAUGAAUUUAAAAUCAAAUGGAUUGAAAUCUUCAACGAAUUCAUUACAAACUGAAUUUCAAGAAAAACAUGAAUCUUACGACAGUGACACACAAAAAGAGAACGAACAAUGUGAACAAAUACACAUAUAGUAAUCAUAACUAAUGUAGAAUAUAAAUAAUUAAAAAAAAGAAAUAUCGAUUCAACCUGUAAAUACAUUCAUAAUGCCCAUUAAAAAUAAAUAAUAAUUGAUUCUUCCUUAAAGAAAAUGUUAUGUCAUCUGAAAAAAUAAAAAAAUCUCCGAUUAUACUUUAAGACAGUACAUAGUCUGAUUUUAAUGUUAGAUUUAAUAUGAAUAUUGUAAAUGAUCCCAUUUUAUUUACCAAGCUACAUUCAUCAUAAAACACAGAUAUCGAUUAUUAUUAUUAUAUUUUUUUCAGAUCAAAUAAAAUAUAAUAACUUUAAGCUACUCAGACAUAUUUUACAUUUACUUUAUGGGUAUAUAUAUGUGUGUGUAUCCAUAGCAACAUUCAAUCCUUAAAUAUUUCAUACUUUCUUUUGAAUAUAUAGCUCUCUUUUAAUUACUUCAUAAUAUGAUUCAAUGCUUUUGUUGACUGCAUACAACAAUGAUGACAUUAUUCAGGUAAACAGUAUAUAUACAUAUACAUACAUGUAUGUGUGUGCUUAUUCUUUCCUUUACUGGAUGUACGUUUCUUUCGAAAAAAAACUUUUAUUUCGAAGAAAAAAAACAAUCACAUGAAUUGUGAUUCAUAACAGAAAUAUGUAAUUACUUCAAUUGGUUUAUAUGAUUGAUCAUUUAUAACAAACAAUUAACUAUUAUCAUUCUCUUAAUUAAUCAUUGUAGUCACAAUUUUCUAGAUAUUGGUGAUUACAGUAACAAUAAAAGUAACAAUAAAAUGCAAAUAAAUUUUUAGUAUUUUAGUGGAUAGUACUUAUAUGAAACAAGUGACAUAUAACUGGUGUCAUCGAUAUAGCCUGCCAGUCAUGCGCUGAAAGUAUCCAUUCGAGAUGAUAUAUCAUAUAUACCAAGGAGCUGCUAAGUACACUUAAGGAUGUUCUACUUAUUCAGUCUUUUUUAACACACCUUCCUCUAUUGAAUUUACGUUUCCUAACGACCGAUUCGUCGAUUUCUAAGAUUCUCUCAAUUCUUCUAGAUGACUGAUGCAUGCUCGUCAUUUUCAUUGCACAUAUUUUGCGAUAGUACUCAUAUCAUUGAAAUGCCGAAGCUUCAGUA